GUGAGCCCAAAGUUCAUUUCCAAACGAAAAAUGUGAGUCACCGUCACAUUUCUCCAAUAGAAGUCUGAGCUUAAACCCUAAACCCCUUUCUCCACGAUCUUCCUCUUCCUCUCUCUGUGACUUGAAGCAAAGUUUUCAGAAAAGAAAAAGAGAUGAAUUUGAACAACGUCAAAGUUCCGAAGGUGCCAGGUGGUGGUGCCAUUUCGGCGUUGCUUAAGGUUGGGAUUAUUGGUGGGCUUGGUCUCUACGGUGCUACACACAGUCUCUACAAUGUUGAAGGAGGACAUCGAGCCAUCAUGUUCAAUCGUUUAAUCGGUAUUAAAGAUAAGGUUUACCCUGAGGGUACACACCUUAUGAUUCCUGGGUUCGAAAGGCCGGUCAUCUAUGACGUUCGCGCUCGACCUUACCUUGUUGAGAGUACAUCCGGAAGCCGUGACCUUCAGAUGGUAAAAAUUGGGCUUAGGGUUCUCACGCGUCCCAUGGCAGACCAGUUACCUGAAAUCUACAGAACCCUUGGUGAGAACUACAGCGAGAGAGUUCUGCCUUCUAUAAUCCAUGAGACUCUGAAAGCUGUGGUUGCUCAGUACAAUGCAAGCCAGCUUAUUACUCAGAGAGAGGCGGUUAGUAGGGAGAUCAGGAAGAUUCUGACUGCACGAGCAGCAAACUUCAACGUUGCGCUUGACGAUGUGUCCAUCACGACCCUGACAUUCGGGAAGGAGUUCACAGCUGCCAUUGAAGCAAAGCAGGUGGCGGCUCAAGAGGCUGAGCGGGCUAAGUUCAUCGUUGAGAAGGCCGAACAAGACAAGAGAAGUGCUGUUAUCCGCGCCCAGGGAGAAGCCAAGAGUGCUCAGCUCAUUGGUCAAGCAAUUGCAAACAAUCAAGCGUUUAUCACUCUCAGGAAGAUAGAGGCUGCAAGAGAGAUUGCACAGACCAUUGCAAACUCGGCGAACAAGGUGUACUUGAGCUCAGAUGAUCUUUUGCUUAAUCUACAAGAGAUGAAUUUGGAUGUCGAUGCAAAGAAGUAGAGAGGCUUCUUAACUAAAACCCCAUGUGGUUCAUGUCGUCUUUUAAAUUCCUAGGAUCCUUUGGAUCAAAAGCUUUAUAUGUACUACUAAAUGCUUUUUAAGUUGUUCUUGGGAUCUCUCUAUCUUAAGGUGAAAAUUGGUCUGCAGAAAAAGAAGAUACUGUCUUUCUGAAUGUGUUAAUUGUAAUAAACUUGUCGUCGUUUG